GUGGCGCUGCGCUGUGUUCAGCUCUGAGUGCUGCUGAGCUCUCGAAGAAAACAGUGUACGACACACCCCUGGGAUCAGAUCAGCCGCUCUGGUGUCCUUCAGCUCUGACUGGCAGCCUUUAUUUCACUAAGCAACAUGUCCAUCUUGAAGAUCCAUGCUCGUGAAAUUUUUGACUCCAGAGGAAACCCCACAGUAGAAGUGGACCUUUACACAGAAAAAGGCCUGUUUCGAGCUGCCGUUCCUAGUGGAGCAUCCACUGGCAUUUAUGAAGCUUUGGAACUGAGGGACAAUGAUAAGUCACGCUACUUGGGCAAAGGUGUCUCAAAGGCUGUUGAGCAUGUCAAUCAAACAAUUGCACCAGAACUGAUUGCUCAGGGAUUCUCUGUAGUUGAACAAGAGACGAUUGACCAGUUCAUGCUAGAACUGGAUGGAACAGAUAACAAAUCUAAAUUUGGCGCUAAUGCCAUCCUGGGUGUGUCCCUGGCUGUUUGCAAGGCAGGAGCUGCAGAGAAAGGUGUUCCACUGUAUCGCCAUAUUGCUGACCUUGCAGGAAAUCCAGAGGUCAUCCUGCCAGUUCCGGCGUUUAAUGUGAUAAACGGUGGCUCCCAUGCGGGUAAUAAGCUGGCCAUGCAGGAGUUCAUGAUCCUGCCAGUGGGAGCCAGUAGCUUUAAGGAGGCCAUGCGCAUUGGUGCUGAGGUAUACCACAACCUGAAGAACGUCAUUAAAGAGAAGUAUGGCAAAGAUGCCACCAAUGUGGGAGAUGAGGGUGGAUUUGCCCCAAACAUCCUGGAGAAUAAAGAAGCGCUGGAGCUUCUGAAGAGUGCCAUCAGUAAAGCAGGAUACACAGAAGAGAUUGUGAUUGGCAUGGACGUGGCAGCAUCAGAAUUCUAUCGUGAUGGAAAAUAUGAUCUGGACUUCAAGUCACCUGAUGACCAAAGCCGUUACAUCAGCUCUGAUGAGCUUGGGGAUCUUUACAAAAGCUUUGUGCAGGAAUAUCCAGUGGUGUCCAUCGAGGACCCGUUUGACCAGGAUGACUGGCAGGCCUGGACUAAUUUUACUGGCAGUACUGACAUUCAAGUAGUGGGAGAUGACCUGACAGUUACCAACCCUACACGCAUUUCCAAAGCAGUGGAGGAGAAGGCCUGCAACUGUCUGUUGCUCAAAGUGAACCAGAUUGGCUCUGUAACCGAGUCUUUGCAGGCCUGUAAGAUGGCCCAGUCCAGUGGCUGGGGUGUGAUGGUCAGCCAUCGUUCAGGAGAGACAGAGGACACCUUCAUUGCUGAUUUGGUGGUGGGCCUGUGCACUGGACAGAUCAAAACAGGAGCACCCUGCCGUUCUGAGCGCCUGGCCAAAUACAACCAGAUCCUCAGAAUUGAGGAGGAACUUGGCGAUAAGGCUCGCUUUGCAGGGAAAAGCUUCAGAAACCCACUGAACUGAGGCUGAGCUGAAUACGCUUCAAUUCAGUUAGCACAGUAUACAGUAACUUGUAUGCUUGCAGUCCAUCGAGUAAAGUAGAAUGUAUACCUGUAGAAAGAUGUAUCUUUCUGUGAGAAAAACUACUGAAAUAGGAAAUAUAAGCAUUAUUUAUGAAUGUGGUCAAAUUUACUGAUGAUUGUAUUUAUGUAGAGCUAAUUAAAUGUCCGUGUAUUUGAGAAUCCUGUGGAUGUGGCAGUGGGUAGGAUUAAAUAAAGGUUUACCUCAGAAACUGA